AUGGAUCUGCUUUUCGCCAAGGCCCUCGGCGACACCGCCGUCGUGCAAACCCGCGCGUGCGACGACCCGCGCAAGGGCAAGGGCGUCUUCGCGCUCGUCGACCUCCACGACGGCGAGGUCGUCAUGCGCGAUUCCCCGCUCGCGCUCCUGCCGUCGGCUGAGCUCUCCGAGGCUGCGAUCGAGGACGCGCGCGACGUCCCGCCCGCCACGAUCGACACGUGCACCACGUGCGGCGCGUUCACCGGCACGCUCACGACGCAGCUCAAGACCCUGCUCAACGCGCGCGCGCAGUCCCGCUCCGCCGCCGCGCCCAAGCCCAAGCCCAAGUCCGGCAAGAGGAAGGGGUCCGGGACCGACGCCGAAAAAGACUCGCUCCCCCCGCCCCCGGUGAAGGGCCUCGACGCGCUCGCGCUUCCCGAGUCGGAGUGGCAGCCCACCCGCCUCCGCGAGCGCAUGUUCGUCAAGAAGAACGGCGCCUUCUGCUGCUCGACGUGCGCGACGCACCCCGUCGCGACGAUGCGCGAGAGAGCCGAAGGGAAAUGGAAAACCUUCGUCGACUCCGUCGGCGGAGUCCCUCGAGCCGACCGCCGGUGCCUCCUCCUCGGCGCCAAGAUCCUCGCCGUCGCGCUCGCCGGCGACCCCGACGCACAAGCGGGCGUGGCGCACCUCUGUUCAAGACCCGUAUGGGACCUCGCGCCGUCAAACGCGGAGGACGCGGAGGAGUACGCCGCGAACGUCCGGAGCGCAGUCGAGGCGUCGUGGCCAAAGCUCAAAGCCGCGUUGACCGCCGCGUUCGGCGCGGACGUUACCAAAAACGGCCAAAACAACGGUGGUGUUCCCUGCACGCUCGAGACGUACGCGUCGCUGUGCGGAGCCACGCAGAUGAACGCGCUCGCCGUGAAGGUGCCGCACCCGCUGAUGAAGUACGUCGUCUCCACCGUCGCCGCGGAGGGGGCGCUGACGGAGCACGUCCAGUGGCUUGCUCGCGAGAAGGCGGAUCGGGUGGCCAAAAAGGCGUUGGAGGAGGAGAAGGUGCUGGACGGCGCGAUGGACAUCGACGAUAUCGACCUGGACUCCGACUCGGACGACGAUGAGACGAGGGAGGCGGCCAAGGACGAGCGGUACUCCUUCCGGUGGGGAUACGGCGACGACGAGGGCUUCGAUUUCGACACCACCGUCUUUCCCGCGUUUAAGGGUGCCGCGAUCUUCCCGCUCGCGUCGUCGCUCAAUCACAGCUGCGAUCCCAACUGCGAGGUGGCCUACGUCGACGACAGCCGCGUGCACAUCCUCGCAAAGCGGACGAUCGGGCGCGACGAGGAGUGCACCAUAGCGUACGUCGACCCCGACCUCGACGGCGAGGAGCGACGCGAGGAGCUAAGAGAGACGUACGGCUUCGACUGCGAGUGCGACGUGUGCAUCGCGGGCGGGUUCGUGCCUCACCUCAAGCGGCGCAAGGUGUUGCCCCCGAAGCAGUCCGGCGGUGGGUUGAUCUGGGGUAAGCUGGACGCGGAGCUCAAGGCGCAGUCGGCGGCGGAAAAGAAGGCGGAGGAGAAGGCGGCGAAGAAGGGCGCUCGCGACCCGAAGCCCGCGCCGGCGAAGAAAACCGCCGCGGUGACGAAAAAUACCCCGGCCAAGAAGGCCACCCCGGCGAAGAAAACCGACGCGGUGACGAAGAAGACCCCGGCCAAGAAGGCCACCCCGAAGGCGACCGCCAAGGGCGGCAAGGCGAAUCCGGUGGCGGUGUCCGAGGACGACAAGUACGACGACCUUCCCGCAGACUUUGAGGACGAGGAGAUCCCCGAGGAGGAGGCGUUUGCACCAUCCGACGAUAAAAAAUACGCCAAGAUUUUUGGGGGGUUGGACCUUCCAGAUGACUUUGAUGACGAGGAGAUUGACGAGGACGCCGCGUUCACCGCGGAGGACAAGAAGAAGUAUGGCAAAAUCUUCUCACCGGCGACGAAGAAAACGGAGACUAAGAAAGCCGCGCCUCCCAAGGCGAAGGCUGAGGCCAAGAAGACCCCGGCGAAGAAGGCCACCCCGAAGGCGACCGCCAGGGGGGGCAAGGCCGCGAAGGCGAAUCCGGUGGCGGUGUCCGAGGACGACAAGUACGACGACCUUCCCGCAGACUUUGAGGACGAGGAGAUCCCCGAGGAGGAGGCGUUUGCACCAUCCGACGAUAAAAAAUACGCCAAGAUUUUUGGGGGGUUGGACCUUCCAGAUGACUUUGAUGACGAGGAGAUUGACGAGGACGCCGCGUUCACCGCGGAGGACAAGAAGAAGUAUGGCAAAAUCUUCUCACCGGCGACGAAGAAAACGGAGACUAAGAAAGCCGCGCCUCCCAAGGCGAAGGCUGAGGCCAAGAAGACCCCGGCCAAGAAGGCCACGCCGGCGAAGAAAACCGCCGCAGAGACAAAGAAGACCCCGGCGAAGAAGGCUGCGACGCCGCCUGCGAAGACCCCGAAGACCCCGGCGGCGAGGUCGGGAGCAAAGCGCAAGGCGCCGGAGCCCGUCUCGACGAGGCGGUCGACGAGGUCUGGCAAGUGA